AAACCUUUAAAUCUAAAUAACAAUAACAAAACUAUAAAUACUGUAAACCUGAUUCGAGAUUUAUUUGAAGAGGGGAAAUAUUUAUGCUGUCUAAUUUGUAUUUUGUUUAUUAAACAGCUCGUGCUGCAGCUCCUCGGAGUGAUCAACGGUGGUCGCUACUUUUCUAAACCCUGAAGGCACCUCAGGCCUCAGCGCCGGUCACGUGACUGAAAGCUAAGAGUUGCUCAGUGUGGUGAUCAGCCAAUCCUGUGAGAGCAACAGCACAUAGACAUUUGCUUCAACACCAAAUAUAAGCAGCUUUCUGACACUCACAUAGAUAUCAGUUUUUUGAGAUCACCACUCAGAAAACAUGCCUGAAACCGUGAAAGCGCCCAAGAAGGGCUCAAAGAAAGCCGUUGUUAAGGCCACCAAGACCGGCAAGAAGAGGAGAAAGUCCAGGAAGGAGAGUUAUGCUAUCUACGUCUACAAGGUCCUGAAGCAGGUCCACCCCGACACCGGUAUCUCCUCCAAGGCUAUGGGUAUCAUGAACUCGUUCGUGAGCGACAUCUUUGAGCGCAUCGCCGGGGAGUCCUCUCGUCUGGCUCAAUACAACAAGCGCUCCACCAUCACCUCCAGGGAGAUCCAGACCGCUGUCCGCCUGCUGCUGCCCGGUGAGCUGGCUAAGCACGCCGUGUCUGAGGGCACCAAGGCUGUGACCAAAUACACCAGCUCCAAGUAAACCCGCUGAUAACCAGCAACAACUCAACGGUCCUUUUAAGGACCACACAACACUUCAUCUAAGAGCUGAAAUCCUGAUUCUCCUAUUAUACACUAUCAUUGACCAUAUC